UGCAAUUCAGAACAAAAUCUGAUAAGAAGGGUGUAAACCAAAAUAAAAAAAUAUUCAUACUAAAAUCGACAAAAUGAUGUAUUUCAAGCGUCUAUUUCGCUAUGUCUUAUAGUGUUCAUGAUAGUUAAGUAGUCAUAUUACAAUAAAUUGUAAAAUAUAUUCUAAGCACAUCGGUUUAUUGGAAGAAUUUCUCUGCUAAAGUCGACAAUUCGGGCUGUUCGAAUUCUCGACAAGAUGGACGACAAUUUUCACAACAACCGAAUGAAUACCAGCAGUUUCUUCUGUGGUGUUGUUGAAGGGUUCUAUGGCAGGCCAUGGACAACAGAACAGAGAAAGGAUCUUUUCAAAAGGAUGAGGAAAAUGGGUAUGAACACAUAUCUCUAUGCACCAAAAGACGAUUACAAACACAGAGCUUACUGGCGAGACCUCUACUCAGUAGAAGAAGCAGAGCAUCUAACCAACCUGAUCAGUGCUGCGGAGGCUGAGGGUGUCACAUUCCUCUAUGCUCUGUCACCUGGCUUGGACAUCACAUUCUCUAGUACCAAAGAUGUUCAGUUUCUUAAACGUAAACUGGAACAGGUGCAGAGAUUUGGCUGUAAGGCGUUUUCACUGCUGUUUGACGAUAUUGAUUCUGAGAUGUCCAGCUCAGACAAAGAGAUGUUUCAGUCAUUUGCUCAUGCUCAAGUCUCUGUGACCAAUGAGACAUUUCAGCACUUGGAACAACCAACAUUUUUGUUUUGUCCCACAGAAUAUUGUGCCUCAAGAGCAGUGCCAACAGUUUCCAGUUCAGAAUAUCUCAAUACAAUAGGUGCUAAGCUGUUACCUGGAGUGGAUAUACUCUGGACAGGUCCCAAGGUAAUAUCUAAACGUAUAACAAUCCAAGCAAUAGAAGAAAUAACCAAGGUGCUACAGAGGCCCCCAAUCAUAUGGGACAAUAUACACGCAAAUGAUUAUGAUCAAAAAAGACUAUUCUUAGGUCCAUAUAACGGUAGAUCCUCAGAACUAAUACCAUACCUAAGAGGUGUUCUGACAAAUCCUAACUGUGAAUACGAAGCCAACUUUAUAGCAUUCCAUACCCUAGGACAGUGGUGCAAGUGUAAUGCAAGCAGUAUUAAAAAAGAUGUAAUAUUAAGUGAAAGCCCAGUGUGUUCUGAUAUCAAACUUGAGACAGAUGGUGAGGAUAAUAGUGACUUAGAUGACAAUGUAUCUGAAGAUGAUACAAAUGAGCAGCUUAAUGGCUCAUAUAAACCAAGACAGGCUCUUAUUGCAGCAAUUGGGGAUUGGAUGGAAGAAAUAUACUCUACACGAAAUGCUAAUGGACAACAAAAAACACCAUUUACUCCUGGUGGGCUGCCAUCUACUCCAAUAUUACCUGUUGUGAACACUUGUAUGUCUGUUAGUGGAACGACAAUCACCAGCACAGCAGGGUCUAGUCUGAGUGGGGGUACUGGCCUGCCAGAUCUCCCUAUACCCGAAAGUGGCAAUGAAUCUUACAUGCAGCCCACAAUGAACCCUGUCAACAGUCUUCUUGAUACCCCAUCUAUCCCCAUUCCCGAGUCUAGUAGUACCAGCAGUAUAGAAGUAGAACCCAUGGAUUGUGUCCCCUCCCCCGGAUCAUCUCCCACACAGACAGACUGUGACAGCAAAGUGGACAUGGAUAAUAUGAAAACAUUAAACCCACCAGAUAAUUCAACUUCCACAGAGAAAAUGCAACUGGACACUGACAGUAGCAGUGAUAUAUAUGAUAUGAGGAAGGCAAUACCAGAAGAUGAUGUACUUAGUACAUCUGAUGUGAUUCUGCUGGCUGAUCUUUUCUAUUUACCAUUUGAGCAUGGUAAACAGGCGUGUCAGUUAAUGAACAAGUUUCAUUGGUUGAAAUCACACGCACAUUAUGUAGCCGGUAUCACUCACAACGACAGUGAAAGGCAGCAAGAAGUAAAACUACAGGUAGAUGAAUGGCAGCAAAAGGCAAAAGAUUUUGAAGGAAUCGUAAAGCGAGUCGGAAAUCUAGCAAGGAAAAUGACAAAGAUUCCUAACAGGUCUCUACUGUAUGAUAUCUACCCCUACAUAUGGGAUAUCAGAGGCACACUUUCUCUUAUGUCCUCAUUUGUCAACUGGUUAGCAAUUGGCCAUGUUCCAUAUAUCAGCGUGAUCAACAAUGCAGGGAACCACCAGUUUACAUGGAGUAAUAAGAACUAUAGGGAAGCCUUUAUGAAUGGAGAACAGGAGCCAUGGGUGUUUAGAGGAGGUUUACAAGCUGAACUACAGCGAAUGCUCCCUCUUGAUGGCGCCUCAGACCUUUUCAAUCCUAUUGUGUUGGACCCAGCCUCAAGUGCAUGCAAUUCUAUGACGAUAGUGCGUCCCUAUCUGCCAUCUGAUAAGAAUGCAGUGUUUGAUCUGUGCAGGAAGAUCUAUGACGAGCAGAUGGAUGUGACUGAUACCACACAGGAAUAUCCUGACCUUGUGCCCCAUCAGCUUGUAGGUGGCUUCCUUCAAACCACUCCAGAGUACUGUUUUGUUGUGGAGGAUGAUGCUGGUAUAUAUGGUUAUGUCCUGGCCAGCUUGGAUGCCAAAGCCCACUACAAACAGAUACAGGAGGACUAUCUCCCUACCCUACAUAAUGCUUACCCCAGACCCAAGUCAACAGAAAACCUAACUCCUGCUGAAGAAACCAUUGCCAAAUUCCAUGACUUCAAACCAUUUUUACCUGACCAACUUUAUGAAAAAUAUCCCUCAAUGUUGAGGAUAGACAUUCUCCCUGAGAGGGCAGUGGACCCCAACAUACCAAGACGUAUGAUCGCUUGUGUGCUGUCUGCUCUCAAGUCAAAUGGCUCACAGGGUGUCCAUUGUGAGCUCGAUCCAACAGACGAGGCUUAUCUUGAAUUUUACUCCAAAUUAGGAUUCUUUACUGUGCCAUUAGACCCAGUCUGUCCAGAUUCAACUAUUGUAGGCAGAGUGAUAUAAUUGGUUGAUAAUGCCUAUGGUUGCUAUGUGACAUCAUUUGUUCUAUUUGUGUCAAUGGUUACCGUGUCAAUUACAGUUAACAAUUGAUGGUUUUGUUUCGCCUCAUAAUGUGAGCUGCGAAACAACAGUUCUAAGGUAGAAGAGUGAAGAAUAUAUCACCACAUCACAAGGUCAUCCAUAUGAACAAACCGGUCUAGAGGGCAAAGAAGUCAGAAUCAUGACUAACCCUUAGCUUAUAUCCCCAUCUUCAUAAUGUGAAUGUCCCCUGCCUCAGGGCUUAUGCAAUAAUUUGCCAAUAAACCAUGCUCUCAAGUAAUUGCUUUUAAUGUUUCAAUUAUUCAUUAUUAUGAGUUUACUUUAAUAAAGUCAUGAUGCAAAAUUAUUUCUUUUAAACAUAUGGCCCAAUCUUCAUUUCCUAACAAUAAAGUCAUCUCAAGGAUAUCAGUUAGGCCGAUGUUUGAUUAUUUUUCACAACCUUAAAGGCGAAACAUUCACACCCUGGUGAAUCAAUUUAUGUGGUUAUUUAUAUUAUUCCACCACCAAAAUGUGGUGACAUAUCGUUUUGGUCGACAAUUGGUGGUUGGCGUCUGUAGCAAAUGAUGGUGACAUUUUGCAU